AGAACUAAUACUGUGUACGGGAAGCAAGGCAGCAUCAGCAUUUCAGGAACUCAACGCAAGCUCACACUGCACUGCUUUGAAAGUGACAGUGUGAGAAAAUAGCAGACCUUUGACUGAAGCUGCUGACCUGAUGUAUCCGGAAUCAACCACAGAUUCGCCAGCUCGACUUUCCCUAAGACAGACAGGCUCCCCGGGCAUGAUUUACAGUGCCCGAUAUGGGAGUCCAAAACGGCAGUUGCAGUUUUACAGAAACCUUGGAAAAUCAGGGCUAAGAGUGUCCUGCCUUGGCCUAGGAACAUGGGUUACCUUCGGAGGUCAGAUCACUGAUGAGAUGGCUGAACAGCUGAUGACUCUAGCCUAUGAAAAUGGAAUAAACCUCUUUGAUACGGCGGAGGUUUAUGCAGCUGGCAAGGCAGAAAUUGUAUUGGGAAGCAUCAUCAAGAAGAAAGGAUGGAGACGGUCCAGCCUUGUCAUUACCACUAAAAUUUUCUGGGGUGGAAAGGCGGAGACCGAGCGAGGACUCUCUCGAAAGCACAUUAUAGAAGGACUGAAGGCUUCUCUUGAGCGAUUGCAAUUGGAGUAUGUGGAUGUGGUAUUUGCUAACAGGCCAGAUCCAAACACACCUAUGGAAGAAACUGUGAGAGCUAUGACACAUGUAAUUAACCAAGGAAUGGCCAUGUACUGGGGCACCUCGCGAUGGAGUGCGAUGGAGAUCAUGGAGGCUUACUCAGUGGCUCGACAAUUUAACCUCAUCCCCCCAAUAUGUGAACAAGCUGAAUAUCACCUCUUCCAAAGAGAGAAAGUUGAAGUGCAGCUUCCAGAGCUUUUCCAUAAGAUUGGCGUUGGUGCAAUGACGUGGUCCCCUUUGGCCUGUGGCAUUAUUUCUGGAAAGUAUGACGCAGGGGUUCCUCCUUACUCUAGAGCUUCCUUAAAGGGUUACCAGUGGUUGAAGGAUAAGAUUCUGACUGAGGAAGGCAGGCGACAGCAAGGAAAACUGAAAGAGCUACAGGGUAUUGCGGAGCGACUGAGCUGCACCCUCCCUCAGCUAGCAAUAGCCUGGUGUUUAAGGAAUGAGGGAGUUAGUUCCGUGCUAGUAGGAGCUUCCAACACUGAGCAACUUUUGGAAAACAUCGGAGCAAUACAGGUACUUCCCAAGUUAUCCUCAUCAAUUGUGCAUGAGAUCGAUGGUAUCCUGGGAAACAAGCCAUUCAGCAAAAAGGAUUAUCGAUCCUAAUGAGGGAUUCCAAUAGGCCUGGACUGUUAUCAUUACAAAAGUAAUCUUCUUUGCCUGCUCGAGCUGUAACUGAAGUUAAUACCAGUAUGCUUCUGACGAAGGAAUUCAACUUCAAGUUCCUGAUGCUACGGAAAAGGAUCAAACAAGAAAAAAUAUACCACAAACCAGUGCUGGCAAAGCACAGCUGGUUCAGUGGGCUGCCUGUUAUCUUUGCUAAUUUUUUUUUUAACUUUUUUUCUUUCCUUAAUGCAAAAAUAUCACUGAGUUACAACUCGUGUGGGAUUAAAUUUAACAUCAGAUUUGGCUGGUUUCUCCUGUGAUGAAAAACGUGUUGCAUCCGUUAUUUUAACUGCUGGAUACUGAGUCUUUUGAUCAUGAGUAUAUAGUAUGGCACUCUGCUGGAACCUGCAUCUAACAGAUUUGACUGUAAUCUAAUUGCUUCCUAGGAAAUCAAAUCAACCAGGGUUUCCCCCCCCCAAAAAAAUAAGUGAUGUGGGGUUCCAGAUCUGCACACUUGUGUAUAUGUUCUAUACAUGCAAUUAUAUAUAUAUAUAAAUAUAUAUAUAUGCACAUAUAUAUAUAUAUAUAAAUAUGGGCCACAGGCUCGGUGACCUUUCAGAAGCCAUCUCUGAUGCCCACAUCUAUUAAAGUGUCAGAGAUACUGAUUAGAAAAUAUUAAAAAGUUAACAAAAUAGCAUAAACUUGAGGCACUAUUGAGCAUUGUGUCCUGACAACCGGCUGUAUAUAUGUGACAGUAACAAUGUGAUUACUAUUACAGGAAACAGAGUUUGGUUUUACUUGCCAACAACUUAUAGGACUGUAGAUUUUAAAUGAGCAGUGGCUCUUGACUGAUCUAUGCAUGAAUCUAUUAUAAUCAGGAUCUGUGUGUAUGUAUAUGCUGCUGAUCAUGUAAAUGCUAUGAAUCCAUGGGCUGUUUUGAAAAGAUCAUAUUACAAUAAAGAGAUUGAUAUUGGAUAGAUUGGGGUUUGGACAUUCAAAGAACUGUUGCACUUUUAUAGCAUGCUUGAGUCCUUUUGAAUCCAAUUAUUUAAAUAUCCAGUGGCACUAUUCGAAGAGGAGUAGGGAAUUCUCCUGGCACUUUAACCAACAUUCCUCCCUCAGCCAAGUGGGCAUGAAUAUACACCAAUAAAGCACACACAUUAACUGGUUGUUUAA